GUUAUUGAAUUUUGUAUGAUAAAGUAAAAAAAAAUAUUAAGCUUUGCGCAUGCGUAGUCGGUUCUCAUCAACAGAGCGACGCUGCGUCAUGUGACGUCACGUACACUCCCUCGCGCUGCUGCUCGGCGCCACUCGGCAACCUUCGGAACUACCACCUAACGGCUAUCACGGCUAGCUCAACGGCUGCUGGUCAAUAUGGAUAUUUAUUACUUAUUAACUGUCUUAUGAAGAACAAAGAGCUGUGGUAACUAAUGGUAAACCAACACCGGACCUGCAGGACGUUUAACCCAGCUGAAGUGAACAAUGAUCUGCAGGAGACUGUACCAGAGAGGCCACAGAAACUUUUCAAGUCUUCAAAUGCAUAAAGACAGAGUGGAACAUCGAGGCUUUCGUCCUUGGUUCAUAUUUCCAUUGAAAAGGAGGUAAACACCUAACAUGAGGACUUCUACAACAAAGUCAUUGGCAUCUUUGUCCAGAGGGUUAGACGCAUGGACUUCAUCUACAAAUAAACUCUGCACCUCUCCGUCGUCGUGGUCCUGUCGAAAGCAGACUGCUCUAAGGGAUUUAAUUGGAAGAACGGAAAAUGCACAGAUGACGAUGAAUGUGCUGUUGACCAGGACUAUCCUGAUAUGGAUGGGAUAUGUGGACUGAACACCGUCUGUCGCAACACGAUUGGCAGUUUCUACUGCCAAUGUGAGGAUGGUUUCGGGUCAACAACAGGGGCUCUGAACUUCUCAGCUGCAACAGGUGAAACGUGUUAUGACAUCAACGAGUGCGUGAACGAUAACGUCAACUGUGGACUCAAUGCCAAAUGUCAGAACUCAAUUGGAAAUUAUUACUGCAUUUGCGAUAUUGGAUUCAUUUCUACUACCGGAGUGGAAGGUUUUCACCAGGGUGACAACGUUACAUGUAGAGAUAUCGAUGAAUGUGAAGAGGAAGAGGUCUGUGGCCGGAACGCAGCAUGCAUCAACACACAAGGCAGUCAUGACUGUGUCUGCCAUGCUGGCUUUGGACUGAAAUCUGGCAAAUCAAAAUUCUCUGGCAAUCAGGAGCAAUGUGAAGACGUAUGUAUGAUUGAUAAGACAAUCUGCGGAAAUGGAACCUGCCACCGUGGAGCCAGCGGCCAUUACUGUGCAUGCCACGCAGGGUUCACUAACUAUGGCAACAACGGGUCUCGCUGCACUGCGCUAAACUGUGAUGUGUUCAAAGAUAUGGACAAUCUGCCAAAGAACUUUCCCGUUGUACAUGAUCUCGUGAUGCAGUUGGAAAAAAGCUGUCUGAAGCCAACAAAGCUGGAUGGAGAGGCCCUACUAACGAGACUGUUGGCUGUGAUCGACAAGCUCUUGUCCGGCGGAGCCUUCAAUGACAACAGGAUGGUCUCCACCUUUCUGGACUUGGUGGAGUACACUCUGAGGCUCAUAGGACCUUUCAUUGAGCCCCCCGGGACAAAUAAAUCCUCCACUCACACAGAGCUGGAGCUGCUGGUAGAUAAGGGGGCCGACUUGCCCCAGGGACCUGUGACGUUAUCGUCUAAGCAAGCUCAGCUGGACAUCCAGUUGGAGACAGCAGCUGGAGAUCCCUCCUCUUACCCUGGCUUUACAGCAGUGUCCUUGCUGAGUUAUGCAAACCUGGAGGACUCUGCAGACGGCUUCUUUAGUGGGAUGAAACCACCAGCGAACCACAGCUUUAAGAUCAACUCUAAAGUCGUGACCGUCACUGUCAGUAACGGAGACACCAGCCACCUCAAAGAGCCAGUCAAUCUGACUUUCUACCACCUCAAAAAGUCGAAUGAAUCCAACCACACCUGUGUGUUCUGGGACUCGUCGGUGGACGGAGGGUCUUGGUCUGCUCGUGGCUGCAGCGUGGUGGAGUCCAAACCUGAAUACACCGUGUGCUCCUGCAACCAUCUGAGCAGCUUUGCUGUGCUCAUGGCGCUCUAUGACAUAGAGGACAAGUUUGAGUUGCAGAUGAUCACCUAUGUGGGUCUGUCCCUUUCACUAAUCUGCCUGUUCAUCUGCAUCCUGACCUUCUCGUUGAUCCGAUCCAUCAAAAGCCCAAGAACCACCAUCCACCUGCACCUCUGCAUCAGCCUCUUCAUCGCCACCGCUCUCUUCCUCGUAGGCAUCUCUCGCACGGAGAGCAGGGUCGGCUGUGCGGUGGUAGCAGGGCUGCUGCAUUUCUUCUUCCUGGCAGCAUUUUGCUGGAUGUGUCUGGAGGGCAUACAGCUCUUCAGGAUGGUAGUCCUGGUCUUUAACACCAGCUUCAAACCCCUCUACAUGAUGGCAGGUGGCUAUGGAGUCCCAGCUGUUAUUGUCGCUAUCUCUGCCUUAGCUAAUGCCAAGGGAUAUGGUACCGAGAGACAUUGUUGGUUAAACCUGGAAUUAAUUUGGAGUUUCUUUGGCCCUGUCUGCGUCAUCAUCCUUGUAAACAUCGUCUUCUUUCUCAUCACUGUGUGGAAGUUGGCUCAGAAGUUCUCAAGUUUAAACCCGGACAUGGACAAUCUGCAGAAAAUAAAGGCGUUCACCAUCACUGCAGUGGCUCAGCUGUGCCUGUUGGGCAUCAUGUGGAUCUUUGGUUGCUUCCAGUUUGAGGAAGGCACGAUAGUCUCGUCUUACCUGUUCACCAUCUUCGGCAGCUUUCAGGGCGUUAUGCUCUUUGUCAUGCACUGUCUGUUCUCUAAACAGGUGAGGGAUGAAUAUGGAAACAUCCUGUUCAGGUUCCGUGCACCUCGGAAGAAGAGAUACACAGGAUUCCCUUCCUCGCACACCAGCGAAGCGAAGGCAUCAAGGAGCACCCAGGACACGGGAGAGUCUCGCAUCUGAGGAGCUAAACAGUGACGUGGGAGCAAUGUCUGAUUUAUUCCCUGGAGACUGCAGACACACUGCCAACUGCUGCCCUCCCAUUUGUGGUCAAUGCACCAGUUUGCUUCACUGCAACAUGUUGUAAAUAGUACCCUUCUUUACCUUUUGGUUAUUGUAUUUGAAGCUAUUUAAGAUAGAACUGUUGACGGUUAUAAUUUAAUACAAAUUAAGAAUGUUUUUAUAUAUUCAAGCAAAGCUUUUAAAGGGAUAUUUUGGGUGUUUUAAAGUAGAGUUGUAUAAGAUACAUAUCCAUAGUCAGUGUAUUACCUACAGUAGAUGACCGUCGGCACACUCCCAGUUUGGAGAAACAGACAGGAGUUACCGCACAGAAUCAAAGCAAUGUACUGUUGUGGACCAUACGGCAGCAAAACGUGUUUUAGCCCCCAUAUUGAAACCCUCACCUAAAAAAUCAAUAUCAGUUUAAGUGUACGCUAUAUUUAGAAUAUUUUUACCGGUUUACCUUGCCGUGAGACAGCCCUUUUCGUCGGGUAACUGAAGCCGUUGUAUCUAUCUAUGCUCUCGCCAAAGCCACCAGACUCCAUUGCAAAAUCCUGUAGUUUUACCUCGUAGAACAUGGGAGUUGCCGGUCUUCCGUUGCCUCAAUCUGGUAGUUUGUUUGUGUUACUGUGUAACUUUGAUGAAUCUGAACUAACCAAAGUCACACAAUAACACAAACUAACUGACCGAUCGAGGAAGCGGUAGACCAGCAACUCCGUGUUCUGUGAGGUAAAA